AUGGCGACUAGGUCAUUAAAUGUAAUAAAAGAAGAAGACAACCUGUUGACUUGCAGCAUAUGUCUAGAAUCAUAUAAAACUCCGAAGUAUUUAACAUGUCUACAUACUUUCUGUAAGGUAUGUAUUCAAACAUACAUUCAGUCAUCCGUUGAUAAAGAAAACAUUAUAAGUUUUAAAUGUCCCGUUUGUCGAACAUUAGUGUCUGUUGGAGAGCGUUCAAAUCUAGAAUGUUGGGCAAAUGAGCUUCCAACCAAUCAUUUGAUUUCAUCGAUGAUUGACCAACAAGAAAAACAGAAACAAGAACAGGUAUGCAACGUUUGCGAACUAAGCAAUGUUAAGCAAAAAGCCGUAUCAUGGUGUACAGUGUGUCAGGAAGCACUGUGUUCUGUGUGUGAAAACUGUCAUCGGAUAUUUAAAGUUUCUGCAAACCAUAAAAUUGUUACAGUACAAGAGGUACAAAGAGGCAUUACUGCAUCCUUUUCUGGGCUGAUCACAUGUGAUGUCCAUUCAAAUAAUUUUGUCGAGAUAUUUUGUGUAGAUCAUGGUAGUCAUUGUUGCACUGUAUGCGCAUCCGUCAAACAUAGAAAAUGCAAAAAUGUGGUUGAAUUAGGAGAAGCAGCAGCCGGUAUUAAGGAAGCAAAGCAAACUAAUGAAUUUCUAGAGCUGAUAAUGCAAUGGUUAAAUUUGCUGAACAAAUCAAUUCAAGACACACAGAAACAUAUAUGUACCGUUGAAAAUAUGGGGAAAAAAAUAGUUUCAGAAAUAGAAAAUUUAAAGAGAGAUAUAAUCGAACACGUUGACAAAGUAGAAAAAACUACAAAAGAAGAGUUGGUCAUCAAAAAGAAGGUAAUAGUGACAGAACUUACUAACAGAAUAACUGAAAUGUCCAACUUAAAGUUUACCGUUGAUAACUGGAUCAAUAUUUUGAGUACAUGUGUCAAUGAAGGGUCAGAUAUUCAAUGUUUUAUUGAGUUUAACAAGAUAGCUCCAAAGACCGAAAAAAUAGAAUCUAACAUAAAAAAUAAUACUUUAAAUAUUAAUGAAAUGUUAUUGAGUUUUAAAUACAACAGCGUCUUAAAAAAUAUCGAAGAACACGUUACAACUCUUGGUGAUGUGAUCAUUGUAAAUUCGGAAGAACGUAUCCGUUGUACAUCGCUGCAUGAUUCUGUAAUCGAUGCAAUUCAAGACGUAAGUGGCAGUUCAAUUGAUUGUAAACGUGACGUUGUCUGUAAGAUUAACAAUUCUAAUCCAAAACAGACUACACAGUCGAGUGAGCAAUGUACUUCUCUAAUUAACUCGGAUCCGAAACUAACAGAAGUAGUUAUCCGUACUGGGAAGGUGAAAUCACUAUUUACUCUUGAUGCAGGAUAUAACGAAGGUCUUGCAGUGAGUGGUCUGUUUAUUAAAGAGUUAGUUCUCUUAACUAAUAGUAACACGAAUGAAGUCCUGAAGUUUAAUCAUAGUGGUACCUAUCUGUCUGGUGUUCAGUUGGACAGUGGACCAUACGAGAUCACGAAAUUUCGAGAAGACCAGAUAGCAGUAUCAUUUCCAAAUUCAAAGAAAAUAAGUUUGAUAGAUAUAGACACAUUGAACAUUAGACGAAAUAUUACGUUUUCAUAUGUUGUUUGUGGUUUGCGAUAUUUAGAUGUAAAUGAACAAUUCGUUGUUGCAUGUGAAAAACGUAUUGUUUGGUUAAAUGCAACAAGCGGUGUGAAAAUAAAAGAAACAAAAACAAGUGGUCAAACUUUUUACAUUUGCACAUAUAAAGACAACAGUUAUGUGUAUGCCGACGGAAUGAAAAGCGUGUCUUGCUCAGAAAAUGGUUCAAUUAGAUAUACUUAUCAAAGCCAACCACUGUAUAGUCCGAGAGGUAUGGAUAUAGAUUGCCAUGGAAACCUUUAUGUUUGUUUUUAUAAUUCUAACGAUAUACAUCAAAUUUCAACUUUAGGGGAAUUGAUAAGAAUAAUUCCAUGUAAAGACAUAGGGACAGUGGCGCCAUGGUUUGUUAGAUUCAAAGAAAACAGUAAUAAAUUUUUAGUAACUUCCCUUUCGUCUGGGAAAGUUGUUGUUGCUGAAAUUGUAUAA